AAGCGAUUUUAGGGCUCCUGGUCGCGGAUGGCGGGAGAGGGCAAUCUGCGGGAUUUCCAGGCGUCGCUUCUCCCCAAGGGAAAAGCUGAAUUGGCAGACAAAGCGCUGAAAGCUUUGCUGAAAGGGGGCAUCGAUGAAGUGGAUGAAUUGCGUACGUUCUCUUGUGCAGAGCUUCUUGUGUGUGGAGUGCCCGCGCUGCUAGCCAAGAAUGUGAGCAAGUUCUUCGCUCAGUUACAUGGAGACCGGUCCAGCUACUUCGAGUCGGAUGCGUAUCGCCGGCUCAAAAACUCCACGCCUUCGCAUCUUGCCUUGGAUUCCGCUGAGUUCACGCUGGAGCAUCAGAUGAAGAAGCCGCCGGUCUUCCUGAACUGCCGCCCAGAUACAGCACAGGGCCUGCCCUUGCCUCUCAUCUCUCCCGUCUUCGCCAACUUCCUCGAUUCGUGCCAAGAAACCGAGGUCCGCCCACAGGAUUCAGCGUUUGUGGAUGAGCUAUGCCGUGAGUCGUCCAAGGCGUAUGCUCACGAGCAGCAGAGGCGCCUUAUGCUGCUCAAGCUGCUGGAGAAGUACCUGGAUGACAAGUUCGUGCUCGAGAAGACCAAGUCCGGCAUUGCAAUCUCUUGCGGUGGACGGCUUUUGGCGUUCGUUGCAGUGAGGAACGAGCAAGGGUGCGGAGGAGAUCCUUUCAUCGAAGCAUGCAGGUACCGAGAGAGAGAGAGAGAGAAGAGGGCUCUCUCUAACUUCUUAGCACAGGUAAUAUGUCGAUCACCUUGCUGCCAUUGUGGACGAUGAGAUGCUUGGGCGUGGCUGCUGUCCAGUCUUUCUGCUGGAGGUUGUCGGUCCUCUACUCCGGAUUUCCGGUGCAGCGUUUACCGAUGGUCCCGUCGUGGAGCCCCUGCGAAUGGGACUUCUCCUCCGCAGGAGGAACGCCGGCGAGAUGGAUUCUCUGUGCAGGAUGGUGACGGCUUUUCGUAAAUCACUGCAGUCACUCGCCUCGAUCAGUGUCCAAGCAUCGAAACUGGAUCUCGCAGGAGCCAAGCUCCCGUAUGUGUUGCAAGAGCUCCGCUUGCGGGGGCGCGCGUCGAUACGAUCAUUUACGGGGAGACUUACGUUGUCCAUGUAGAGCGGCUGCAGCAUGAAGUUCCAGAGCCUCCGUCCUCCUCCAUGUCCGCGUUCGCAAGGAUUCAGCACCUGGGCGUCGGGAAGAUCUUCGUCAAGUUUUGCCAGCGCUACAGCAGCGAAGUUCACAGGGACUGGUUUGAGCGAGGCUGCGCGCCAGAGAGCUUAGGAGGUGGCUGGCUGAUGGUGUGCAUGGAGUACAUGGAGAACUACAUCGAUCUUGAGAAGGCGAGGGAAAUGUUUCACUCGCAGUGGAGUGAGAUUCAAGCUCUGGCACAGCGUUGCUUGGACAAAGCACAAAACUCGGCUUUUCAUGGCGUGCAUGGUGAUUUGCGGCUGCCUAACUUGAUGGUUGAUCCACAGCUUUCAAGAGUCGUCGCUGUGGAUUUCGGAUGGGCUGGGAGAGACGGCAUUGACAGGUAUCCUUACUACAUGAACCAUGCUGACAUUGCUUGGCCUGAUGGAACGUUAGAUGGCGCUGUGAUGAGAUGCGAGCAUGACCGGGCGCUAUUGUCCUCGCAGCUGGCUCUCCAAAAGAAGAGAAAGUUAGCGGAUACCUUUAACGAUCUACGUUGUUUCAGCUCACCAGAUCUAAAUUGAUGUGUUUAAGUUGAUUCAUUUGAGUAAUAUUUUCUUUUCA